AUGGCUGCCGCGCGCGCCGCCUCCGCGACGACCGCGGCGCCGCGCGCGACGCGCCGCGUCCUCGCCGCGAGAUCCGCGGCGGCGCGUCCGAUCGCGCGCCGCGCCGCGCGGACGCGCGCGAUCGCGACGGACGCGCCCGCGACGGCGGCGGACGAGGCGGACGACGACGACGACGACGACGACGACGACGAGAUCGCGCACUGGCUGCGGUGUCCGACGUCGCUGUACGACCCUGAGUUCGUCGGCGCCGAGCGCGAGCUCGACGCGAAGCUCGCGUCGUGCGCGGCCGCGAUCAAGACGUGGGCGAGCGAUAUCGAGCGCGGCGUCGCGACGACGGUGACGCGCGACGCGACCGACGCCGCGGAGUGGAUGCGACAGGCGCUCACGCGACAGAUCGACGACGGCGCGAAGAACCUCAGCGCGACGCAGUCCAAGAUCCUCGCGAGCGACCCGGAGACGAUCCAGAACUUGCUCCUCAUGGCGGACCUGCGCAGCGUGCACGCGACGUACGCGCUCCAGGCGCUGUGCUAUCGCAACGGCGCAAUCUGCGGCAAGGCGGCGACGCACGGCGCGAUCGACGCGGCGAGAAAACAUUUCGACGACGACGAUUGCCCGGAGGUCGUGAAGUGCGCGUGCGCGUUUCUGAUCGGCGCGAUCGCGGCGUUCAACGAGGAUACGCACCGGUUGAUCGCGAAGGGGCGGCUCGUGCCGUCGAUCGUGAACCGGCUGCGGCGCUCGUGCGACGGCGUCGAGUGCGUGCUCAACGCGCGCGACUUUCGCGAGAAGGAUUUUUGCGACCACGCGACGGCGUUGCUCCGCAACCUGUCGCACAACAGCGCGCAGCACAUGCUGCUGAAGAGCGCCGGGUCCGUGGAGGUGCUCCUGAACCUCGUGUCGCAGCGUCGCGGCGCGGUGCGCAUCAACAGCGCGUGCGCGAUCGCAAAUCUCGUCGGACGCGAGGAGAGCGACGACCGACUGACCAAAGACGCGACGAUCAUCGAGGAGACCGUCGACGUCUUAGGUGCGUUCUAUACACUGGUCCCCAUACGACCCCGUUCGCGUGGUGAACGCUGA